AUGGAGGAAUGCUCGAACAAUACCAAAAACGUGUUCUAUAUUUCAGCUUUUUCCAUCUCUAAAAUUGGACAAUGUCUCCUUCUCAUUGCAGUUCUAUUGAUGUAUUUGGUGACUAUCUUUGGAAACAUGACCAUUGCUCUACUGGUGGGUCUGGUUCCCCGGCUCCAUACUCCAAUGUAUUUCUUCUUGAGUAAUCUUGCUGUUAGUGAUGUUAUAUUUGUUUCAGUUACUCUUCCAAAACUUCUCUCCAUACUCCUAACACAUGACCAUUGGAUGUCUUUCUCUGCCUGUAUGACUCAGGUGUACUUCUUCUCAUUGUCAGCUGCUUGUGAUAUAUUUCUACUGACCUCCAUGUCCUAUGACCGAUACGUAGCAAUCUGUAAGCCA